AUGGGAUACGAGCUGAAGCAAGUGCGUCCGGGCGUGUGGGAGUUGGUGGUGGUCGAGGACAAACCGAAGGAGGUGUCUCUCUCGCCACUGCCCGGUCCGCCCAAGGAGGCCCUCCGGGUGGCCCGCGACGCCGCGCUCAAGCGGCUCAUGCGCGAUUGGCGGGAGCUGCAGCGCUGCCCGCUCCCCACCGUCGCGGCCGUGCCGCUUGAGAACAACUUCUUCGAAUGGCACGGCAACAUGCUGGCCACCUCGGAGUCAAGCUUCUGCGGCCUGGUCUAUCACAUCAUCAUGCGGUUCCCGGAUACCUACCCGCUCCAGCCACCAACUGUGGAGCUGAAGGGCUACAUUUCGCACCCCAACGUGUUCGGCAGCUACAUCUGCCUGGACAUGCUGGAGAAUGGCUGGUGGGGGAUGGAGUCUGUGAGAGAGCAGCGAUACACGGGCUGGUCAACGGCGUACUCGGUGACUUCGAUACUCAUCCAGCUGCAGAACUUUAUCUCCGGGCGGUCGCGCAACGUAAAGGGGGAGCGAGAACGGGCCGAGAAGAGUAUGAAGUGCUUGGUGUGCAGCUGCGGGCACGUGGCCGACGGUAACACCUAUCCGCCCAUCGCGCCCGAGGUCAUCGAACAAGAAAUGAAACAGCGGGAGAGGGGCAAAGCGGCCAAGGCCACCACCGUCAGACCACCACCGCCCAAGAGUGCAGCCAAGCCCACAGCAGCCUCGAUCGCCGACGUCAACUUUUCCGAGAUCCUGGGCGUCGAGGCCCCGCCGUCCGCGGGCAUCCACUACGGUCUGUUCAGGCGCUAUCGGGAGGAUAGCUUCCCGAUUCGUCUGCCGCGGAUCAAGGCCCCGGCCGGCAGCGGCUCGCGCGCGACCGAGGCCAUUAUCGGCUGGCGCGAGGCCAACAUCCAGAGUAGCUUCCGGUCGCUGGCCGUCGAUCUCUUCACCGCCGAGCGGGGCUACACCGUCUACGAGGUGACCUUCGACGACCGCCGGUCCCGCAAUCCGUUCCUCGACUGGGGCGAGGUCUACCCCGAGCACGACCUGCACAACAUCAAGGAUGGCCACCUGGCCAAGCUGGGCGUCAGCAACGCCAAGCGGUCGGUCGAGGAGAUCCUGGCGCAGAAGAACCCCUACCAGUUCCCGGCCCGGGCCGACACGAUCGACUUCUGCCUGCGACCAGGCGGGCGCGCGGUCCACCGGAUGUCGGCCCGCUACAACCUGACCCACGCGCGGAGCGUGGCCAACACGGCCUGGAAGCUGGUCGCCGUCGACGAAUCCAACGGGCGCAACUUGCUGGUGCUCAACGUCAUCUCGAACGGAUUCAACGCUCACUUCAUCUCCUCCGCCCAGUUCUACCUCUACACGACAGCGAGCGACAACGGUACGCCGAGCCCAGCGCCAGUACCAGCGGUCGACACCAAGAAGGAGGUCUCCGGAGCGGCCAAUGGGUCUGGCGUCAGCGGGAAGCAGCAGCAGACCGGCCGUACGCCCUCGGCCAAGAGCGUCGGGGCGUCGGAGCAAGUAGUGCUACGCGAGGUGAAGGAGGAGCGGCCGGUGAAGAAGUAUGUGCCGACCUCGACGCCGCUCAUCGUAUCGGCCAACUUUGGACCCCUGCGGCCCAAGACCUCCGCCGCCCCUGCUCCCGCCCCCGCCCCCGCUACAGCUCUGCACGUCUUCUCCUACCUGUCGAAGGAUGAUCUCUUCACCGCUUUCAAGGUGAUUCACCUCGACCACUUCUUCGCCACCACCCCUACAGUCAACGCCGAGUUUGCCGAUCUGGCUCUGGACUCGCCCCAGUGGGGCAAGGACGAGCUGGUGUGCUUCCACUCCAAGCGAACCGAUGAGGAGGACACCCUGGGCUUCCCGAUCAACUUCACCCUCUACCCUCCGCCCAUUCCCUCCGCUACGUCGCCGGCGCCCGUCCGUCCGUACCGGAACAUUGAGUCCAUCUCGUCCACUCUGGACCUCCUCUCCUACGAGUCCUACAAGGUCGAGAGCGUGCGUCGGGGCGUGUGGAAGGAGCACUUCACCCACUGGCUCCCCGUGUACAUCGGUCGGCAACACGGCAAGAAGGCGUUGCCCCUGUGCGAGCAGCUCAUCUCGGUGAUCAUGACCGGUGAUCCCAACCUGUUCCAGCCCAUCAUGGCCGUGGAGGUCUUCACCAAGCUCAUGAACACCAUGAUCGUCUCGCUCAUGUCCGGCGCCACUCAUGCAUCGGAGAAGGCGAUGGAGGGCUACUUCUCCUUCCACCACUGGCUGCUCGUGUUCAUCGAGCGCUACCCUCAGCUUCUCGACUGGAUCAACAACAGGAUUCGCGGGUUCAUCACCGAUCCCGAAAAGCGGAUCAAGAAGGUGUGCCUGGCCGUACCUUCGCUGGGCGAGUUCAUUCCCCUGCUGGCCGUGACCGACGCCUACCAGUGGCAGGACGUCGCAGAGCCGCUCAUCCUGGAGGUGUUUGACAGGAACGUGAAGUGGGUCCUCCAGAAGUAUCCCGCCUUGGGUAAUAUGCAGAGCGGAGGGCAGCUGGACGUGGACAAGUACCGCCUGCUCAAGACCUUCGAGGCCUCACAGGUGUCGAUGCGAUUGAUCCUCUUCCACGCCUACUUCCUCAACACCAUCGCCAAGCCCAAGGGCCGAACCGUGUCACUUGUGCGCCGGGUGCUGGACGCGUGCUAUGGCCGGCCGUCGCCUCGUAUGAAGGUCCUCCUGCAGAAGCGCACCAAGGAGCUGCAGAAAGUUGACAACUGGGUCGACUUCUUCGUGCGGAUCGACAUGCCGCUGCCCUCGCCCGAGCGGCUCACCCGCUGGCUGCGGCAGAGCGUGUGGAAUUCGUCGCGCAAGAGGUAUCACAACCGCCACGCCUACACGGGCUCGGUGCGCAAUCCCCGGAGGGCCAGGUCUCACCAGUGGGAGGAAGAAGAGGAAGAUGAGUACCACUACGACCGCUACGAGUGA